AUGGCAAGUAACAGAUCCGUAGGGCGUGCCCAGGAACCCGUUACCUACACGUGUGAUUUGUGUAACAGUGAAGACGGGGUACGAUGGUAUUGCAACGAUUGUCAUGAGAAUUUGUGUGAUAAGUGUAAGAAAUUCCAUUCGCGCGGAAAGAAAACUAAAAACGACGAGGUGGUAGUGAUAGGGAAGGCUAACCGUCAGGGCGACAAGCCUGUGCCGGAGGUAUGUAAACUACACCCCGGUAAACUGUGUGACGUGUACUGUUGUGAUUUUGACAUACUGAUGUGUUUGAUGUGUUUUUCCCAGACACACAAACAACACAACUGGAAACAUUUUGUAGAUGAAUUUCAAAUCAAAAAGCAACAUUUGCUAGAACAUAUGGCAGCAAUAUCUGCCAGAAUUGCACACUUCAAGAACGAGACGUCGGAGCAUGGUAACAAAACAUUCAAAGGUAACAUUGAUACAAUGAGAAAAGACGUUAACACACAGCGGGCAAUGAUAAAGUCAGAAAUAGAUUCUAUCGCGGAUGCAGUCCUGGUCGAGUUAUCGUCCCUGGAAAAGGAAGAAGCAGUAAUGCACCAAAAAGAUUGUCAAGAAUCGGAGAAAAAAGUCCGAGCGUUGACGAGUCUGCUUGAAAAAGCGAAAAUGACGGAUACAACGAGUACAUUUGAAAUGGAAAGGUCAUUGAAAACAACUCUACCAUUGUAUGAUGUUAAUGUGAAGGAUGUUUUACCGAAACUACCAAGCUUUGUUACCGGAAGUAUCGACCGCGUCCUGUUGACGAAAAUGUUAGGUGAAUUACACCACGGGAACCAGUACGAGAAGACAGACAUCGACAGUAAACACGUUCAACAUCUCUCUAAGUUUACUGUUACUCAGCAAAAUAAAAUGUUCUGUAUAUGUCCAGUCGACGACAGAUACGCAUGUUUAUCAAUAAAUCAAUACCAGGAUCUGGUACUAGUCAACAAGGAGGGUGUGGUCAUAGAGAAAGUAAAACUGGACUUCUGUCCGUACAUACUCACCAUGGUCGGGACAACAGACAUACAAGUGACAACAUUUGCUGACAUCAAACCACAUAGAGCAUAA